AUGAAUAAAUUAUAACACUACGCUGAUGUGUAUACUUUUGAACCCAAUUUAGAUCAAGUUUUAAUAGAAAUAAUACCUGACAUGAUUGAAUCAGUAGCUGAUUUGAAUGACACUCAAAUUUAAGAUAGAUUAGCAACAAAAAAAGUUAGUUCAUAAACUAAGACUGUUACUUUUAAUGGGUUGAUUUUAAUAUUAUUGAUGUUCAUGGUUUUAACGAUAAUUAGAUGGUUAAUGAAUAAGAUUGAUAUAAGAUUGUUGAAAUACAUGUUAAAGUAAUUAGACAUAAUUAUAAGAUUUUAGAGAUUCAGCAUUAAUGUUACCAAUGGUGUUUAUAAUAUUGGUAUUCAAUUAUAUGUCAAGUAGUUCUAUUAAGCAAAAAUUGAAUAUUUAUGGAGUUCUAUAUUAUGUAGAUCUAGAUAAAUUCUUAAUGCAAAUUGUGACAUUUAUAAUAGUGUGGUUUGGUGUAGGAGUUGUAUUUACUUUUUUGUGGUAGCAUUAAAAUUCUAUAAAUGAAGAAUUUGAACAAUUAGAUGCAGAAUAAACGCAUAGAUUGUAUGAGAAUAUGUACUUGUAUAAUGAUUCAAACACUUAUAUAAUACAAGAGAAAGUGCAAUAUCAUUCAAUCAGAUAAUAGUUUAUUUAACCUAUUGAUAUUCCAGUGAUAAAUUCUAGGAUUUUGAGGAAGGAUUUCAAUUUUGCAUAAUAUUUGAAUUUGAACCAACGUAAAAUCUAUACAUAAAUCUUAAGAAUCAACUCAUUCAGUAUAAUACCGAUUAUCCUUUGUUUUUUUCUAACCUAUGUCUUCUCAUCUAUACUAAUUACUAUAGUAUUACUUUUAUAUUAUUGGGUGUAAAAAAACAACCUAUAUUAAAUUUAUACAAAGAUAGACACUCCAUAUAAAUAUAGCCCUGCAACUUAGCAAUUUCGUGGAAUUUAAACACCACCUUAUAUCAAUUUACCAUUGUAAAAGAACAAAUCUAGAUUAUAAUAAGUAAUUGGAUCAAAACAUUUCAAUUUGAGAUUAUUACACUCCUUUAUUUUUAUCUAAAUCUUUUGGUUCUCUUGGUUGUUUUAUGCACAUAGAGUGAAUAAUUCAAUUCUUGAACAUACAUGGUUAUCAGUUUUUGUAUCAAUAGCAUCAAUAAAUGUAACUAUUUUAACACCAAUGAUUGUUAAAGUAUUAAGUUAUACACAUUUAGUAGCAGAUCCAUUUAAAGUAUGUGCAGAAUCUCAAUACAAUAGACAAUGUUUGUUAGAAAAAGUAUCUCAUUAUUUAAGAUUUUGUAAUCGUAAAGAAGAGGAAUAGGGUAAUCAUCAUCAUCAUUAAGUAAAUGAAUAAGAUUCAGAAUAACAUUAAGAAGAAAAUGAAAAUUAAGAUUAAGACUAAGAAUAGAAUUAAGAAAAAGAUUAAUAUUCUUUAACUGUUGGUUAAUAAUAGCUUAUAAAAUAUGCAUUUACCUCUCUUAUUAAUAAUGAAAAAGAAAAGUAUGUAAAAUAAGCAGUUGAGUAAUAUAAAAAAUAAUUGAUUGAGAAUCCUAAUUUAAUAUAAGUUCCUAUAGAUUCAGAAGAAGAGGAAGAUUUAGAAUUAGAAUUAAAUGAGCAAUCGGGAUCUUAAGAAGAAGAAGAUUAAGAUGAUCAAUCAUAAGAAAGACAAUAAUAGUAGAAUCAAAAUUAAUAAUUACCUUAACCUAAAGAUAUGAAUGAGGCAUUAAAAGAAUAUGAAUAAAAGAUUGUACGUAAAUUACUAAGCAAAACUGAAAGCAGCAGUAUUAAUAUUAAUCAAUUGAUGGAUCUUAAAAAAUAUGUUGAUUGCAAUUUACCCUUAUGGUAUAUGGUUCUAAUGGUUGAUAAAUAUUUUAAAUUAAACAAUACAUUAAUUGAUACCAUUAGAUAUAAUGAUCUUUGUAAUUAUUCUGGAUUCAAUUAAUAUGCUCUUGAAACUGGAGAUAUGUAUCCUCAAUAAAAUGAAGUUAUGACACUUACAUAAUUUAAAGAAUAUCUUAUGAGUUUCUUUUCUGAGUAGGAGGCUGAAGAUAUUGUAACUGAAUAUAGCUUUUAACAACAAAUGGUCAAUUUUGAAUAAUUUUACUAAUUCAUUGAAAAUAACAUUGCUUUGUUUCCAAAAUGA